AUGCAUCGCAGCGCCGAACACGAUAUAUGUCAUUUACGAGCACGUUGGCGUGAAAAUCGAACAAUUUUCAACACACCAAAUCCAAGAUUGAUGAACGUGUCAUUAUUACGCGAUAAUAAGUUGCUACAUGGAGGAGAGCGUCGGGGAUCACGAAUAUCUGUCAGAAUGCCAUCAAGGCAACCGAGCAUGGCUUCGUUACGUCCACACUCUCCAAAUGCUUCGAUAGGCUCUCGUCGAGGAUCGCGGAACAGUAGCAGUGCCUCAGCAACAUCCAUGCGUUCAACUCGCAGCAGUUUUGCCAUUCAUCACGAUCGUGGACAUCGUGCGUCCUGUAUCAGUGAUCAUCAUGCAAAUGGACAUGUUGUUGUCUCGAAUCCAAGUCAAUUGAUGGCUGUUAAUCAGCAGCAGCAUUUACAACACCAACAACAAGCUCAAAGGCGUCGUUCUUCUAUACAUCAAUCAGUUAUUCAACAUGCACAAAUAGCGCCACAACAACAACCGCCAGUACAAAUUCAACCAGCACAAGAAGAAGAAGAGCAACAACAAAAUGUUAUUCAAGAUGUCAAAGUUGAAAUAACGGAAGUAAAACCAUGAAACUUUACUUACGAACAGAGAAUAUAAUGCCUUUGAGACUCGAUAAACCAAUUUACACACAUUUUGGCCUCAAAACGUUAAAUGCUAUUAAGAGCCUUUCUUUAAUAAUAUGAAAAAAAAAAUAUUUCUAAUUCCCACAAGUUCUUUCUAUAUCUUUAAGCUUUCUAUCAAAAUACUUAAAAAACUAUGAAAAAAAAUAAAUAAAAAUCAUAACGAAAUUGCCUAUUAAUCCUAAACUUAUAUUUUUCUCAACAUGCUUUAAAACUACAUUUGAAGGAUUGCAUAAUUUUCAGGGGUAUUAAAUUCAUGCAGUCCUUCAAAAAAGCAUGUAAAAAAUACCUUAACUGCAUCAUACGUGAAGCGAAAGAGAAUAGCAUAUUAAAAAGAAAUCUCUAGUAGAUUGAUUGAUUGAUAUUUCAUGCAACUUAUUAGGGACCAUAUACAAUACAUAAAAUAAUUGAAAAAAGAGUUGAAAGUUAUUUGAAAAAAAUCGCACACACUUACUGAUUAAUUACAAAAAAAAAACAUUUCAUUUCUUUAAAUUUAUAAUGAAAAUACAAUUUGAAUAUAUUUUAAUUUUAUUCUAUUUUCUGGGAGAAAGAUGAUGUUUUUAAGAAUUAAAAAAUACUUAUAAAAUAUCGAGAAAUAAAUCGGAUUAAAUAUAUGAGAUACAUUAAUAUUAUUAAGAUAAAUAAAGAAAACUUAAAAAUGAUUUUUUUUUCACAAAGAAAAGGGAAUAGGAAAUGAGAUGAAAGUUAAACAUGUUGCUCUUAGAAAAGAUUGAAUGAAGAACAACAAAAAGGAUCAUGAGAGACAUAUUUAUCAGUCUCACAUUUUUUCCUUUGUUUUAGAGUUUGCAUUGAAAUGGUUCAGUGAGAAAAUUUGAUUUACUACCCCAUAUUACAUUUCUUUCCGCAUUUCUUUUGACCUUUCGACAAAACCCUAAAUAUAAUUCUUUUUUUAUCCCUCAAAUAUCAUGAUAUAUAUCCUUUUUUUGCUCUAUUCCGUAAGUGUGGAAAGGACAAACUCACGCAUUCAAUAACAACGAAAAAGGAUAAUUUUUUCCAUAAAUUGAAUAAAAAAAAAACUUUUCUUAAUCAAUAACAGAAAAAAACAUAAUGGUGAUAUUUUUCGAUGCUAUGCAAAAGUAAAAUUAAGGAGCUUUGUAAUUAUUCUUGUCAGAAAUUUUUAUUCCGAAGAUAAUGAGUUAAGGAUUUUUGACAGAAUAAAUACAAAAAUUGCACUUAAAAUUCUUAAAUAAUACUAAUUAUAAUGAAGUAAAAUUAAUCAAAAAAGCUCCUUCCCUUGAACUUAUAAGUGAUAUUUUAUGAUACUUGAUGAUGAAUGCCUCGUAUGGCUAUAUUCUUUUCUUUAAAUAUUUAAAUGCUAAAACCCUUUAUAGCGCAUGCAGUAUGCAAAAAUAAUAACUCACACAAAUAGGAGAAAUUUAUUUUCUACUUAAAAAAAAUUAACGAAUAUCUUCAAGUUUCCUUUUAAUGGUUUCUCACGUUAGUAGAAAAAAUGGAGCUUUAAGAGAACCAAGAAAUUUUCUCUAGUGAGAAACGAAACUACGUCUCGUCUAGUAACUUCCUAAUUCGUGAUUAGAGAAUGUCUAGCUAAAAUGUAUUUUAAUGCAUUCGGAUUUUAAAUCGGCUAUGAAUUUAUUUUCUCAAAUUUCUUUCAUGGAAUCACCACGCUGACCAUUUUUUAACUACCUGCAUUUAAACGAUAAUAAUAAUGAGAAAAUUAAGUAAAAUUAAAAUAAAAAUAAAUAUUGCAACACUUGCCACAAAAAAAAGUCUUUAAAAAGUAAUUUAUUAAAUGAAUUAUAUGUAACGUCUAAUGAUGAUUAUGAUGAUGGAAAAAAGGUAAGAAGAAGGAAAUUAAAAAGUUAGUGCAAAAUCGUAGAGUGAUAAUAGUAGAAUUAACAUAAUUUUCAGAUACAUUUUAUCCAAAUUAAACAAACUUGUCAUCAACAGCAAAUGAGGGUUGAAAGAGACUAUAAAGAUAAGAUUUACGUGCUCUCUAAAAAAUUAGAGUUGCUUGUACUACAACCCUCAAAAGCAUUGAAAAUUUUCAUUCUUUAAUUAUUAAUUAAAUUCUGAAAUAAGAUAAGGAAUGAGAAAGUAAUUUUUUUGUAAUUUUUACUUACUUACAACUUUAAAGAAAUGCUUUUUCAAUUAUUGCGCAGCAUUAAAAUGAUAAGAUGAAAGAUAAGAAAAUUAAGCUUUUACGAUUCUUAAGUACGAGGAAAUUAAACAAUUGUCGUUAAAAUUGCAUAAGAGUUAUUCAAAAUUUUUAAUAUAAAAAAAUAUAAUCAACAUCAAUAAAAAAGAACAGACGAAAAGAUUUGAAGGGUUAAAAAUUUGAAUAAUUUUUAUGUAACCACGAUUGAAGAGUUAAAUUUUUCUUUUUGAAACGUCAUUUAGUCUUUAAGAAAAUUUAUCAUUAAAGAAAUAACUUAAUUAUCUAAAAAGCUUUAAUUCCAUCGCCAAUUCGCAUAGAAAUUCAAUUUUUGUGUGCUUCAAAUCAAACGAGAUAAAUGAAAUGCAUG